AUGAAAGGAAGUAUAUACACAUUUAAAGUUCUUGUUAUUGGAGAGUCUUCUGUUGGUAAAACUGCCAUUAUGGAACGGUUCUGUGAAAACCAAUUUAAAGGUGAUUAUAUGUCAACAAUUGGAAUGGAUUUUAAUACAAAAACAAUUUCAGUCAAUGGACAAAGUAUUAAGUUAAAGAUUUGGGAUACUGCUGGACAAGAAAGAUUUAGAAACGUGACAACAAGUUAUUAUAGAGGAACUCAAGGAUGUUUAGUUGUGUAUGAUGUUUGUAACAAAGGGUCAUUUGAAAUGUUAGAUUAUUGGAUAGAAGAAUAUAAGAGAGAACAACCAAAUUCAGAAGUUGUUAUUGUUGGAAAUAAAAUUGAUUCAACUCAACGAGACGUUACUGAUUCAAUGAGUGAAUCAUAUGCCCACUCAAGAAAUCUAGUAUCAAUGACGUGUUCUGCUUUAAAUGGUACAGGAGUAAAAGAAGCAUUUGAAAAACUUGCGAGUCAAAUUUUAGAAAAUAAAUUGUUAAUGGAGAGUUUACCUGAAACAACAGAAACCAAUUUGGAUACAAAAGGAAAACAACAAUCCACAUGUUGUUAA